GCACAAGCCUUAAGAUCUCCGGCCACACAAUGGCAGACCCUGAGCAGAGUGGUGGUGGUGAUGUGAAGAACUCCGGCGAUGUUGAUAGCGCCGGAGUUCUUAUUCGGAAGAUCGCCGCUGAGUUCAUCGGCACUCUCAUCCUUGUCUUCAUGAGCACUGCCGGAGCCAUAGUUGAUGAGAAGACUGACGGCGCCGUCACGUUCGUUGGCGUCGCCGCUUGCACCGGUCUCGCUGUCAUGAUUGUUGUCAUGGCCAUUGGACAUAUCUCCGGUGGUCAUGUCAAUCCGGCCGUCACCGUCGCCGCCGCCACUCUCCGGCAGCUCCCUUGGAGGCAGGUACCAAUGUACAUAGGAGCUCAAUUAACAGCAUCUAUUUGUGCUGGACUUGCACUGAAGAUAAUUUUUCAACCGGCGGUGAGCGGAGGAGUGACAAUUCCAACCGGCGGUGAUCUUGAAGCUUUCUUCUUGGAAUUCAUCAUCAGUUUUAAUUUGAUGUUUGUCAUCACUAGUCUUGCCUUUGAUGCUAAAGCCGUUGGCGAACUCGUUGGUAUUGGUGUUGGUGCCACAGUAGGCCUAAAUGUUCUCAUUGCCGGGAAAACAAGUGGAGCUUCAAUGAAUCCAGCAAGAACUUUAGGACCGGCCAUCUUCUCAAACAACUUCAAAGCAAUUUGGGUGUAUUUCAUUGCUCCACCAUUUGGUGCUCUCAUCGGUGCUCACACAUACUCUUCCAUCAAGUUAUCCCCCCAAAAAAAUAAUAAAUAUUAAUCAAUAAAUUCAAUCUAUAUAUAUAUCAUAAUAAUAAAAUUUUAAUACUAUUUUAUUGUACCAUUUUUUUUUACUAAAUAAACAAACCACCGUGAGCUUUGUAAGUAUGUAUUGAAUGUACUACUGGCCGGUUCUUAUCUUGUGCAUGAGAAACUCACUGUCUAUGUCUCUAUUUAAUAUGUUUCAGAUAGAGUUUAAAUAUGUGUUUAUUACAAGAUUUGAUGUAUAAAUUUUAUGUGUA